AGAGCUUCUGCCCAAGAAAGCACUGACAUAGAUAGAAGAGAAAUUCCAAACGCGUCCGCCAUUUUGGAGCAGCGUCUUGAAGAUAUUAAGUACGAUAAAAACGAAAGACCUGGGGCUAGAGGUACGUUUCUCACUGAAGUAAUUUUUCGAAUAACAUCAGGGGUAGAUACACGCCGAGGGGUUCUGUGGAUGCUCCCCUUGACUUCUCCCGGGAUACACUCCCCCUUCGUAUCCCACCGAAAUGUUCCCUCUUAACCUCAGUUACGUACUUUGAAUCUGAUGUAAACUUACCCCACCGACUCCUGUCAACAUCCCACACUUGCCCCUAAACUGUUAGCAACAAGUUUACUGAAUAGAGGAAACAUAUUGUCAUAUUGGCAGCAGACGUUCGAAAGGGAGGGAAAACAACAGGCCCGCUAGAACGCAAAGAAGGCGCGAGGUAGGUGGGAAGGCAGUGUGCGUCUUUUUCGUUCUCACUCGCCCGAUUUCCAUUUCCAUCUUUCUUUCAAACGCCUGCCACGCCACACUUCCCCAAUAUAGGAACAGAAAACACAAAAUGUGCGGAUAGUACAUAUGAGUUUAUAGAACUUCUUACUACAGCAAGCAUCACGGACGUAGCGAUACCCAGAGCACUAGACUUGAAAUUCCUUGGUUCAAAGCCCGAUCACCAAGAGCUGGAGUUUUAUUUAACUGCUGAGCCAAAAGUUUAAGAGUGAUUUUCUGUAAAAUUCGAACUUCGGCCUGACACGGUACCUCAUCGAUUUGGCUGAUUUUUGGCAUGUAGUCUUAGAAUGGUGUCCUAAAUACUGAAUGCAUAUUCUAAGGUUCGAAUUCUCGUUGGUUUCCAAGAUACAGGAAUGACAGUUUUGACGAGGCCUCGAGUGGCCGCCAUGUUGGUGAACUGAAGGAGAUUUACAGUAAUUAAUUCUAGCCUUAUCAUUAAAAUAACUUAAUCGUGACUCAUACAGUUGCAAAGAACUAUCCUUCCUCCUUUCAUUUACCUACUCUUAUCUGAAAAUGGUUAAGCCUGAGCUACGAACGGCUAUAACUUCUCACAGCACUUUUUCGGUACUUAAACGGUACACAAAUUUGGUAGAAAUUGGAAGGCCAAUAUCACCCAUGCCACAUCGAUUUAGACUAAGCCAUUUUAACUAAACAUAGUUUGUUUAUAGCUAAGUUAGAUUGUUGAAUAAAAUAAUUGGGCAAAUGCAACGGAACAGAGAUAUGAUUGCAUGAACGCGCAUUGGUUCAGCCACUUGGCCGCUAAAACUUCAAAACAAAAUUCGGUGAAUAUUUGAAAAGAAAAUUCUUUAAAAAUUGAUCGUGCCUCUUAAACCCUAUCUAUCGCUUAAAAAACCCUCCCUUGUAAUGUAAACAGAUGAUCUUUCGAUUCUGAUCUUGCGAAGAGCUUGAAAUAUGCGCUAAAAUAAAAAUUAUAAAUUUUGUUACACACGGUACUAGCUCAAGUUCGCUCUUCGAUUUCCCAGACCAAUCGGGAGCCGCUCGUGUACUGCACAGUUACAAUUUUCUCUGUAGUAUUUCGCUGUAUACAGCUACAAAUUACAUAUUUUCUUAGGCAAAGAUAACGCAAACGUUGUCAAUUUUAAUCAAAAGGCUAGAAAAACCAACCGUGCACUGUAGCUUUAUGCAAAUUGUAUGGUAUUCGAUAAUUACACGUGUAAACAGGAACCUACCUUUGCUAAUGUACACUGUAUGGCAGAUCUUUCCAGCGUAAGAUAUAAAACUAGUACAUGAAAUGAAAUUAAAGAACUCAUCAAGUCAAAUUACCUGAUCGUACCUUCAUUACUGAAUAAUAAGUCCGCAAAAUAUGACAUGGAAUGAUCGGUGGGAGACGAAGCUAUUUUUAGGAGGACAAGGAACUGCACGCUGGAACGGAACUGAAAUGAACAACCUCAAUCAAGUUCAGUCUUCUUGACGCUAUUAAACGUUUCACCCGAAUUUGAACAGGAAGUUGUUUUCUAUUUUCUUUCUCAUUCUUGCAUGUAUUCUGCAGUUCGCCCACUAUUUUUUCGUAACUUUUAAUUUUCUAGCUAACUGGAACUGUUAAGAACUACCAACCCCCCCUCCCCCCUCCCCCUCAUUGAGUGAACUUUCAUUCGGUCUGAUCUACAAUAAUUUUCGAACGGUGACAAAGUGAUAUUUGAAAUGACAUUUUAUUUAGUAUUUUUAAAAGCUCCUUCUUUUUUUCCCGAUAGCCAGGAAUGUUUUGAACGUAAAUUAAAGGCUCAAGUGGCGGUGUUUUUCACGACUCUGCUUGUAGACUGACCUCACCACCAGUGCCACGGACAUAAAAUCUGAUCGGAGAGGGUCAUACAGUAACUGAUGGGUCUCUGAAAAGCGAAAUGCAGUCACUUGGGGCGAGUAGGCUAUAUAGAUGAUGAACUCAUUGUUUAUAACCCCAUAACCGUAUCCCAAAAGUCGAGCCAGCCCGGGGCGAGCGAACACAAUUUUGGGGCCACUGGCCACGCCCUUUUGUUUAGCGGGAAAUUGGUUGAUUAGUCAAAUCUCCUUAACUCUACGACCAUGCACCUUUCCAAAUACAGCCCUUCUUAUCAUCAUAUAGUUAGGGCCUCCCGUAAGCAUUUGCAACUAUUUUGAUUUGUAGAAGACUGUUUAACAGUUUUCAUUACUUUAAUGUCUCGUAAACAACACGAGGUACAUGUUCUGAUCUCUCCCCCACCCCUUCCCCCAUCCAUAACAAAAAUUUUCAGACCAACACUGAAUUGCAUGAAGGUAUGUACACAAAAAUAUGACCAUCUCGAGGCAAGGUUCAUCACUGUAACUUACCACAUAAAAGCCUUUUCGUUGUUUGCCAUCGACUGAUUCUGUUCUGAAUACUAAGGUCCCAUAAACAACGCCACGUUUAGAAAGAGCCCGCCCUUUUCAAUCCAAGAAAACCCAAGUAGCGAUUUCACCAACGGACAUAAGCCGUAAGAAAAGGACCGCGUCAAAUAGUUCAUGAAAUUACAAACGCCUCAUGACACCUUUAAUUCACUCUUUCUUCGAUAAACUAAUUUUUAAUUUUUUAAGCAUAAAUGACAUCAGAAUGCGCGAUUAUGAGCAUUGUAGCUCAUGAAAAGAAAAUUUAACACCUGAUGCACAUGAAAGCGUCUAAGAAGGGAACUAGGGGGAAUUAGGAACAUUGUGCUUACCGCUGGAAAAAUAUUGGCUAGUUCUUUGAAUAGACUCAAUUAAAGCCGUUUUUGUUCAGUGAGGAGCUGUUAGAUGGGGGGAAAGCUACAUAAAGUAGAUCGCAUCAGAAUACGGCAUAGGACUAGGCUCUCAAAAUCGAUAAGCUGAAUGCAAGACCAAUUAUUAUGUAAAACAGAGAAAAAUUCCUUGAGGGAAAAAAAUUAUGGCUAGGGAAAAGACCCGAAGGUGGAAAGUUAGGAUGGUAGCUUCUUUUCAGGUAAUCGAUCAUUUACGUUAACUUCCGCUAUCCGACGGGCAUAUCGGAAAGACUGAAUGGAUGAGAGUAUAACACAUUCAAGAAGAAACAAAUUUGUGAUUUUUCACAACUCAAUAAAAUAACUAAAAUUGUGUACUACUCGGUUAUAAAAGAUUUUUGUUUUCAAUUUCAGAUUUUUACGAUGGGGCAUUAGCCCCGUACUCACUAGACACUACUUUACAAUUAUAGUGUUAAAAUCAGUGAAAUACUCCAAAACAAUUUGGAUUCCUACCCUUAUACCUUGAUUAAAAAUUAAAGUUGGGAAGUUUGUUGUUUUCUAAAAGUAGUUUGAACAGCCGAACGAAAUUUUUUUACACGGAGUGGGGAAGGCAAAGCUUCACUUAUCUCUUCUAAGGUAGAAAGUGUCAGCAAAACGUGAGAGUCGUCCUUGAGGGUAAAGUGUCUAACCUAAUUUUCUCACCGAUUGCAAGUGCCAUUUCAUCCACGCAAAACCUCACCUAAUUAACAGAAUUAGCAAGUGUAGUGGGCAAACGUUGCGAGAGAACUGAGUAAGAUGUUAGGGUAAGUUUUGGAAAUUUUCCGCACACCUGGAAAGUCCUGGCUACGCUCCUGAUAGAGACUUUUGCUGGAGAGAAAUUGAAACAUGUUCGCUAAUAUAGUGACGACCAGAAAGGACAAGCCAUAGGAUAGUUCCAGAAAACCACCCAUUAAAAUAGAUCACGAAGUUGUCGCGCGCGGAGGAUGAACUUGAAGGCAUCUGAUGAAUUGCAAUUUUUCAAGGGAGCCCAGACAAGAUUAUGUACGAUGGGCACAGCUUGUUUGAUCUGGAAAAUUUAGAGAAGCUCAACGCAAAUCGCUAGACAACACAUGCUAGAGCUGAACUAAAAAUCUUUUGCGCCUUUGAACUCUGUCCCUAAGGGUAAAGGAGAAAGUUUCCCUUUAUCAAUGCAUUAACCGAGUUGAUUAUGAAUGUCUCCUUAUGUUGGACGUCUUACUAACAAGCACAUCACCACUACUUGCCCUCAGAGGCGUUUUUCAUUUGACGAGCAGAGAAAAUUAGGUUUUGACUGUUUGAAAUUCUGGAUGCCAGAUUGAAGACGCCUUUUGUAUGAUGACGUCAUCGUCCUACAGUGAAAAGCGUUCGUUUUUUACCACUGAUAUUGUACGUCAAUCGGUACACUUUUGUUGUCGAAAGGUCCGUGAGCAUGGUAAAUGAUUUUACCUUAAACUGCAGACACAUCUUCAAUCACUCCUUAUUGUUCGCGAUAUCGGAUAAACACUCUGGUCUCUAACUGAAUUUUCUUUGCUGUUUACUUUAUUUUGAAUUAGGACUGUCUUGAGUUGUCCAUGCAUUGUCUAGCGAUUUUAAGCUUUUUCAAGGAAACAAAAAUCUGGAAUUGUCCCUAGGGUGAGGCAUUUGCGCACAGUUUUAAAGCCCUUCGGUGGGGUGACUGUGGUUUUUGCUGUCCCGGGCUCAUCCCUCAUUCUUCUUAACCCCUUCCAAACCAAUUUUUCUGUUUUUCAAGAAUCUCCUCAAAACGGGCUUCGUGAUUGAGACAAAAUACCUGAAAAUUGUACACGGAACCGGUGUUAACGGUGUACAAGGUAGAAUGAGUCUAUUCAUUACUUUGCCAACGCCCAAUUUUUAAAACCGGAAGUAAUGAUGUUUAUUUCAAGGGGUCAUGUCUCAUGAGUUUUGAGUAAAUCUUCAAACACUAAACACAUGUAGCUGGAACUAUCAUCGCAUCGAUCCUCGCUCACUAAUAAUGAUAACUUAUAUCAACUGCCAUUAUUUAUUGCCUGGCUAAGAUUUUCACGGAUUCUUCAGUUCAGUUGUUUGAAACCGGGCGGUUUCACGUGAGUUGUAACGCCAGGCAAGGAACGUGACGACCCGCGAUAUGCGUGGGAAAAUAUUCUUUUUUUCGAUCAAGGUGGAAACUGGCAACUUUGUCGUCGAGUAAGGUAAUACAUCUCAAUUUUCAUUACUAUGGUUAAUUUUAAAAGCUCUGGUUUCGGUAAAGGAACUGGAGGAAAAUCAGGAAAAUUCCAGUUCGACUGUGAUGGUUGAAUUUUGUUUACGCGUCAUAGCAUAAACAUAACAAAUUCAUUUUCCUUUUCCUUACACAAUCUGCCUUUUUUUGUACUGUUUUUCGCAGCAGAGUUAUCGAUUAUAUUACAGAGGCUUAUUUUAUUACACAGAUCACUCAGAUUUAAUGACAGAAACUCUAUUAUCGAUUGUAAUUUUGGCAACACCUGGCGAGUAUUCGGUGUACAGAUUAUUGACAAAGUCGCUAGAACAGUCUUCCAUUCAUUACUUUUGUUUCUGCUCCGUUAAAUUUGCCCAAUUUUUUUAUUAAUGAACUCGAUUUAACUACUAACAGUGAGUAUUCAGGCAGAUUGGCAAGCUUCAAUGCGAUGUGGCAAAAGAGAUAUACGCCUUUAAAAUUCUGUUAAUUUUGCGGGUGUAAAAAAUUCAAAAACUAUACCCACCAAAAGUUUAAUCGAUCGAUGCGAAAACGUUAUCAAUUUCGAAGUAGUUUCUAAAAAUACAAUAAAGAGGGAUUGUUCUUUCAAUCUGUAUUGGCAAAGGAAGAUUAGCUUUGAAGACAGGGUUGUAGUCGAAGGCUCAAAAGCGGCUUCUAUUAACCAAUAUGGCGCCGGUCCGAGGCACCCAAGAACCGGCCAUGUCGAUAAUUUCCGAAGUAGGAGGAAUUAGAACCUAAAGUUACCAAUUCCUUAUUAAAGACCUCAAAUCAAGUCUACAUGCCAAUUUUUAGCCAAUUCGGUGAGAUAGUGUGGCAGCGCCUUUUUAAUAUAGCUCGAAUCUUACAGACAACUGCUCUUAAAUCUCCGAUUCCAUGUGUAAGUAAUAGUCAUCUGCUACGGUACCCUGUGCCAGGUGGGAUUUGUCCGUGUAGUUUGAACCGUCUGCCUCUGAGGGUCUCCAUUGUUCCUCUUCAUUCGGUAUAAAACGACACCGUUAGAAAAGAGAACUUUUAAACCACUUGCCUCGAGAAAUUUAAGCAAGUCGCGGCGGCAAAGAAGAACUUUCAUAGUCGCAGUUAGAGAUUUAACAUUCUCUUGAUUAUUAGUUACCUCUUAGUGAUUCCUGGGUUACCUGUGGCUCCCGUGCGCUUUUUCAUUUUACCUAUGUUUUUUUGUGUCUUCCAGGCAAACCUGUUAAAGUAUACCUCAGCAUGGCUAUUCAGUCAUUUACAAAUAUAAAGGAAUCAAAUAUGGUGAGUCUACUUUGUGCGUUGAUUAUUACUUGUUGCAUAAAAUUUCGAGCAUGAUCAGUAGUAUUGACUUUAAAAAUGGAGUAAAACUUAAAAGUUUUACUACAUUUUUAUCGGUGGAAUCUCAUUAAUAUGAGGUGCCCUAACUCGUGUUAACGUAUCAGUGUGAUGGAAAUUGUUCUCUUUUUUGAAUGUUUGGUUUUUCUGUAAUUGGUCUAUCACGUCAAGAACCUACAGAGUCUUUUAAGACAACAUCAAUUGGCGAAAAUCUCUUGACUAAUGGUUUGUCGAUUUUGUUGCAGGAAUUUACAACGUCAAUGUAUUUGCGUCAAGAAUGGACGGAUAGGAGACUAGCACAUGGCUUAGAAGGCAGCCUACCAGUAAAAGGCAAAGAUACAGAGGAUAUAUGGCGACCGGAUACUUACUUUACAAAUAAUAAUGACUACAAGUUGUACGAGGAUAACCAACUGGCUCUUAUAUCUAAAUAUGGAAGCGUUUACUACAGUGCAAGGUAACGCACAGAUUCCGUAUAAAAGACAAGUUCACGCUUAUCAACUGUUUGAAACCAGGCUUUUUUUCAGUAAGCUAUAACUCAGACUGAUCAGUGAGCUCUUUUUUUUGGAAAAGGCAAUUACUAGCACGUCAGUCAUCGGAGCCCUUAUAUACAAACUUGAUGCAAUGCCAAAAAAAGCCGCUUUUUCGCUUCAGGCUUGGACCGUUUGUAGGUUAGGUGACUUAAACUAGCUAACUCAAUCUGUUUAAUUACAAUAACUUUGAACAACACAAAGCCAAUUGGGCAAAAAAGCUUUUGCUUCAAUUCGAACCUAAUUAGGUCCACAAAUCAGCCAAUGUCAUUUGCGUUCUAGCCACAAUUUCUAAACACUUUAAGAAACGAUUUAAGACACAAUUUUUGUACAGUUAAACAUUGACAUUUUUUACAGAAAAAAACCAAUGAAAGAAGUGACUUCUACGUAGGCAGAAAUAAACCUUGCUUAUCGCUGACCUUCUACGCAAAAGCGUCUGUUUCGAUGCGGAAUAAUCUAGAAAUCCUCUUGCUCUUUAUAUAGGCUUUUUGUUGUUGCAUCGUGUCGCAUGUACCUACACAAGUUUCCAAUGGACGUUCAGAAAUGCAGUAUAAUACUGGAAAGUUGUAAGUAUCAGGAGACAAUUUAGUUUUCUUACUAGCAUACGCCUCGUCCCAUGUAAGUCUUGGAUUCCAAGCUCUGGACUCCGGAUUCCAACAACUGGAUUCCGGAUCCAGUCGUUAAGGGGAUUCUGGAUUCCUUGAGCUGAAUUCCGGAUUUCAAAACCCAGGAUUCCAGAAUGCACAAGCAAAAAUUUCCUGGAUUCCGAAUAACCUUACUGGGGGCGAAUAUGCUACAAAUUUGGCCUUGUAUUUGUCGAACAUGGUAUAAAUUGCAUUCGGUGGAACGCUGUUCCCGCAGCUCUUCUUUUCAUCCAGCAUCUCUUUUCUUCUCUUGCUUGGGGGACGGGAAGCAGAGAGUCCCCGGAUGUGAGGUCUUUCCUCUCGUUUUUCACCCUCGUCUCCAAACUCCUCGGCGUUUUUCUCCAAGUUAUUUAUUUCCUUGGCCAUGCGAACAAUAGAAACCGCGAGAGAAUGUGCGAGAAUGUGCGCUGUGAACAUUCCAUUUACACGACUCGUUUUACCCCAACAACGAAAUCUUUCUCGAGUGAACAGAGUUUAAGAGUUUUUUUUAUCUUCUUAAGUCGCCUAUACAUUAGAUAUGGUGGAAUACCGCUGGAAGGAUCACGAGCCCGUUAAAAUCCUCGAUAUGGAACUUGCAGAGUUUGAUUUGACCAACACGGAGUACAGAACUGAAGAAAUCGAAUAUGUAGCGGGUAAGCUACUGUCAUUGCUGCACUGUAAACUUUGACCUUGACCUCCUUGGUCCUUUGGUAUAUUAUAACAAGAUUUUAACUGUUGGACCCUAAAUGGAUUUUAAUCUUUGGUAGUCAAUCUGGAGGGUGAAUCCAGAACAAUCAGAGAGAGGGGACCGACGUUUGGACAUAAAAAAACUCUUGGGAACAUCUGUGCCCAGAAAUUAAGGCUCUUGAAAACACACUUCAAGGCAGUUUUAACGAAAUUUUAGCCAAGAAAGGGGAGCGUGCACACCUCGCCCCACUGGGUAAACUUGAAGUCACUGACGGUAGAGUACACAGAGAGCCAGAAAAAGACCCAAACACUCGGUCUGGAGUAAGGGCAAGUCUAUUAAAACUGUGUUGCUUGCCAAUUUUCAGAAAGACCCAAUUAAACAAUAUCAUUGUUACAGAUAGUGUGCAUAGAAGGUUGGAAAAAAAUUCUGUUUCGGGUGUAGAGAGUUGAUCAGUAGUGUUUUACUGGAGUUGAACGGGGAAAGGAGAGAAAAAUUAAGCAAAUGCGCCUUUUAUUUUUAACUCACUUAGGUAAAUACCGAGACAUGAUCGUCACGUUCACAUUCAGCAGGAGAAUCGGUUAUUAUCUGAUCAAUUUCUAUGUACCUUGCAUAAUCAUGGUCAUAAUGAGCUGGAUCGUGUUCUGGACGGAUCGUAACAACAUCGGCGACCGAAUCGCCCUCGGAAUCACGACCGUGCUCACGAUUGUCUUCUUGCUCGGCUCGAGUAACAGUACAAUGCCACGAGUAAGCUACCCGAAGGCCAUCGACUGGUAUCUCAUUACUUCGUUCAUUUUCGUGUUCACGACGCUGAUAAUGUGCCUGCUGAUCUUCCGAUUUGACCGACAAGUGAGCAAGCGCCAAAAGCCUCCAAGAUCGGUCAGCUGUGAUACUCAUACAGAUGGAAUGCAGGUAAGUUCAUCAUAUCUCGAGGGUCCCCAAAAGUGUUCUUCGAUCCCUUAAUCCAGACCUAAAAGUUCGUGCAAUCCCGAAAUCCCGAGGGUUAUUUCCGGCAUUCUAACUCGCGCGUAUACUUUCAAUCCCGAAUAUUGCCCGAUUUUGCUUCAAAAUCCCGAAUCCUGAGCUUCAAAUAAGGGAAAUCCCGUAUCCCGAAAAACCUAUUGGGGACCCCCUAUCUCGUGUCUCGCAUAAAAGAGUUCAGGCUCCGGUUGUUGAAAAGUUGGAUAGUGCUAUCCACCGGUUAAAUUAUCAAGUAGACAAGUAUUAGGGAAACCAAUUGCGUUAUCCCCUGGAUAGUGAUUUUUCCAAUGGAUAUCGCUAUCCACCUUUUGAACAACUGAGGCCAGCAGUGUUGAGGUUAACUGAUCUUGAGAAAACGCCAUAACACACAACAAACGCACUGUGCUUUGGCUUAUUCAUGAAGUGACGUCAUCAGGAACCAAUCUCCCAGCGCGCGGUUAGGUUUGCCACAAGUGGCUUAAACGAAAAGGUGGGAAAAUAAGGAAAACAAUCGAGUACACAAACACUUUUUUAGCGAUUUUUUUUCAAAGGCGACCAAAUCAAUUAUCUGCUCAUGCUACUGUAAGUUUUUUAGCAAUAUGUUUGUUUCGUUUUGUGUUGUAGAAUUACAGUUGACUCCCGAUAACUCAAACCCUCGCUAACUCGAACUUUGCGCAAACUCGAAGCAAAAUCGAUUUCCCAUGGAUUUCCGUCAUACAUUUACUGUAAUUUUACCCUCGGUAACUUGAACCAUGUUUUGAGCCCUCAAAAAGUCGGGAAACAACAGUGUACCGGCGCCCGAAACAUUGAAUUUUGAAUUUCCCAUUGACGUGUUGUAGGCACAUCGUCUACUAAUAGAGGCUGAUGUUGUUUGUCACAAAUAUAACGUGAAACAUCUUUACUUCUGAAAAACUAAAACGCAUGCUCCAUUUAGACAAUGUUUUGUUACUUUACCUUCUGAUUUAUAAUCUAGAAGUAUCUUUCAAUGUUCACUCAACAUUUCUACAAUUAAAUGUGAUUAGAAUUUUCACUGUGCACUGCAGUAAAAACUGUUUUUUCAUCAUUCCCGGCUAUUUUCUUCGAGCUCCCGAUAACUCGAGGUUUCCCGAUAACUCGGUGUUUUCGGUUUCCCUUGAAGGUUCGAGUUAUCGGGAGUCAGUCGAAAGUAUAUUACAGGCUGCCAUUGCCCCCCUAAAAACAGCCAUCACACUGCGCAUGAGCAGAAUGCAGUUAUCUGAAGGUUAUCUCAAUUUUUUUUUCACAUCAGAUGAUCGAGGAACCGGAAACUCGCAGCCGUGCAUCUUACUAUGUUGCUGAUUCACAUGGGGCCGUGUAUCCCAUCGUCCGUAGCGUGUCGGGUCUCAAGUCAAAAAAUAUCUUGAAGCCAAGUUUUCUCAAGAGGAUUUGCGGCCUACCGAGUCACAUUACCAAAGAUACCCUGGGAAUAGCGUUAAACAACUUCUGUAGAGUAUUAUUUCCUUUAGCGUUUUUGCUGUUUAAUCUGAUAUACUGGUUAGUUAUAGCUACAUAG